GGCAGCUCUUUGCUUCGCGGAAAGAUCCUAUUAGACGCAUUUUUCUGAAAAAGGACUGAGAACGGAUAGACCUAGACGAAGACUGGGAGGGAGAGUGGGGCCCACAAUUGUGUCGAACUUCGCUAACUACAAAGUUCAGAAAUAGGAUUCUCCGUCUCGUCUCUUCCCUUUAUUCUUAUUUUUCCCAUUUGUCCUUUUUUUAUAUCUUUCAUCCAUUUAUUCUGGGAGUUCUGCUGCUGAGUUUCUCUGGUGGCGCUGGGAUGGGGAAUUGCUGCUCCGACGAUCGCGGCGGAAGGGCUGCCGUCGGUGGCACCUUCCGUGGGGCUGCUAGUGGCGCUGCUGCUGCGAAUGAUGCCGUCGAUUACUACCUCAAGUCUCGUGGUUUCCACGGUAUCUUUUCUCAGAUCGAGCUAUCAUUUUCUGCUACAAAUUUGCGUGACCGGGAUGUGCUAUCUAAGAGUGAUCCUAUGGUGGUUGUUUAUACAAAAGAAAGAGAUGGACAACCUUCUGAAGUUUUCCGCACUGAGGUAGUUCUUAAUUCAUUGAAUCCCACAUGGAUUAUGAAAUAUACUAUGACAUUCCAGUUUGAAGUUGUACAAACUUUGCUGUUUCAUGUAUAUGAUGUAGACACUCAAUUUCAUGAUAUAGAUGUAAAGAUGCUCAAGCUAGAUGAGCAACAAUUUCUAGGUGAAGCAUCUUGUGUUUUGUCUGAGAUUUUGACUCGACCAAAUAGGUCACUGACCUUAGAUCUGGUACAAAAAGAAGAUUCUACAUUAUCAAGCCAUCUGCGGCAUGGGCAGCUUGUUGUACAUGCUGAGGAAUGCAUUAGCUCAAAGACUACAACAGAGAUGAUACUAAGGUGUUCAGAUUUGGAACAUAAGGAUCUGUUCUCAAGAAUUAACCCUUUUCUGGUAAUCUCAAAAACUGUUGAGAGUGGGAUCCCUAUUUCUGUGUGUAAAACGGAAGUCUUAAAGAAUGAUCACAACCCAAUAUGGAAACCAAUCUUUUUGAAUGUUCAACAAGUUGGGAGCAAGGAUAGUCCACUGGUGAUAGACUGCUACAACUUCAACAGUAGCGGCAAGCAUGAUUUGAUUGGAAAAGUUCGAAAAUCCCUAGCAGACUUGGAAAGGCUACGUUCCAGUGGAGAAGGUGAAAACUUUUUUUCACCCACUGCUGUUGGUCAUGAUCACAAGAAGGUUUUGAAAAGCCAGCUAUUUGUAGACAAGUUUUCCGAAAGCAUUCAAUAUACUUUUCUGGAUUACUUGAAGGGAGGAUGUGAGCUGAACUUCAUGGUCGCUAUUGAUUUCACUGCUUCAAACGGAAAUCCCCGCCUCCCUGAUUCCUUGCAUUAUCUUGAUCCUUCUGGACGGUUAAAUGCAUACCAGCAAGCAAUUGUAGAAGUUGGAGAAGUGUUACAGUUUUAUGAUUCAGACAAACGCUUCCCUGCCUGGGGAUUUGGAGCACGGCCAAUUGAUGGUCCAGUUUCUCAUUGUUUUAACUUGAACGGAAGCAAUAAUCACUGUGAGGUUGAAGGAAUCCAAGGAAUUAUGAUGACAUAUACUAGUGCUCUCAUGAAUGUUUCUUUAGCAGGUCCAACGCUUUUUGGGCCUGUGAUAAGCACUGCCGCACUAAUUGCUAGCCAGUCUCUUGCGAAUGGAGGGAAAAAAUACUUUGUUUUGUUAAUCAUUACGGAUGGGGUUGUAACAGAUCUCCAGGAAACAAAAGAUGCCAUAGUGAAGGCAUCUGACCUACCAUUAUCAAUUCUUAUUGUUGGUGUUGGGGGAGCUGACUUCAAAGAGAUGGAGAUUUUAGAUGCUGAUAACGGAGAGAGACUUGAAAGUUCAACUGGACGUGUGGCUUCACGUGAUAUAGUUCAGUUUGUACCGUUCCGGAACGUACAGAGUGGACAAAUUUCUGUGGUUCAGGCACUUCUAGCUGAACUACCAAGUCAAUUUCUAACCUACAUGCGAUCCAGGGAUAUUCAACCUUCUGUUUGAUUUUGUAAAGAAGUUGUACAUAAACGCAGUCGUGGUUUGCAAGUAACAUCGCUUCGUUCUCUCGGAUAUGUCAAGUCAACAAAAGCGUCAUGCCAAUUGGCCAGAGUUAGCCUCACCAUCCCCUGUGAUCUGGGUAAGGGCUGGACGAAUUUUACAUUGUUCCCAGCUUGAAACGGCGUCUUUUCUCUUCUCGGCUCGAAAAAAGGUUUGCACAGAUAAAUGAAGACUUUUUGCAGAGUGGAAUAAAGUAAGGAUGAAUAUAUAGUUGAACGUGCGAUCCAAUGCAGCCAGCUACGGAAGGAGUGAAGUGGAACCUAAGUGGCCAUGCAUAUCUUGCAAGGCUGAAUAACAAUGUGAAGAAGGAAGUCAGAAUUGCAAUGCCAUCUUUUUUUAUUGUUUUACUUGCCUGUUUUGAUGUUUUCUUUUGUUUUUUUUGGCGAUUUCUUGUCCAAAUAUUUCUUCUUUUUGACCUAAUGUGAAUUGCAUAGUUCAGUUUGAAAAUGAUAUGCUAUUUCCUCUUCCA